UGCUGUGUUGUAGUCUUUUGUCUCAGAAACAAUGAACACACAGUUUUGUCAAGAGGCUUGUUUCCCAGGCUUGCUGAAAAGACAGCAAGACAAAAACUAAAGGCCGGUAUCACUUUUUGAAGCACACUUUUAUUUCUGUUUGAAGUAAAUCCACAUAAUUUAAAAUGAAACAUCAAAAAUAUAUUGGUAAAAGUGUGGGUUUUUUAAUAUUUUAGCUAAGAGAAAAAGGGCAAAUGAUAAAAACAGCAACACAGCAGAGCCUUUAUAUAAUGAGGUCCGGAUUAUAUAAUUGCAAAUUGCACAUUUAAACAGUCUUAUUUCUGAAUCAUUUAUUGAUCAUAUAUUAAAUUCUUAUUAAAAGUCUUCCAAUAUUUAACAGAAACUAGAGUCUUUGCUACAUUUUUCCAGAAACUGUGUGUGUGUGUUUUUUUUUUUUUCAAAGGUAGUUUAAAUGUCAGCUAACUUACAGUAGCCAAAAAAGCAAUGCCAUGGUGGUGUUAAUCAGAUCCUCUUGUUCAGUUUAACCACCAAUGAACGAAAUUCCCAGUUGCACAGUCCAAGUCCUCAAAAUUCAAAUCCUGACUACAUCUGUAUCUCACUCCUAAAGACAACCUAUAAAUAACAUUUUUCCAACUUUCCACUAGGAAAAUUUCCCAACAUACAGAAAAGUUGAAAUUACAGUACAACCAGCAUCCGUAUAUCCUCUGCUUAGACUCAAUAAUUGUUACUAUUUUGUUAAAUUUGCUUUGUGUCUAUAUGUAUGUGAUUUUUGUUUUAAUUGAACCAUGUGAAAAUAAGCAGCAGGUGUCACAGUUUGCCUCUCCAUACCUAAGCAUACAUCUUCUAAGAGUAAAGAAAUUCAUCUGUUUAACUAUCAUACACCUAAGAAAAUGAAUAAUUCUGUAAUGUCCUCUGAAAUCUAUUCCAUACACACAUUUCUAGUUACCUCAAGAAAUGUCUUUUAUUUAUUAAAAAUGCUUUUUUCUACAAUUGAGAAAAAGAUUAAGACUAAUUUGUCCUUAAAUAUUGACAUAUUGUGGGGGCAAUCUAGAGUUGGGAAUUGGGCCCAUCAUAAUACUGUUUUAAAAAUACUUUGUGUAGAAUCAUGCUCUUUCCAUAUACUUUUCAUUUGCCCCUCACAAGAACUCUGAGCUAGCAGGGCAGGUAUCUUUAUUUGACUAUUGAAGAAACAAAUUUAGAGAGUUAGUAAAUUUAUUUGCUGAGUCACAAGGCCAAGACUCGCUCUUCUAACUCUACUCUUUUUGUUACACCCAUAACUUGAGACACUCCUCUCCUAGGCAGCUUUGUGUUAGUGUUAGUCUUAGUCAGUGCCUCUUAGGUCAGGUCAGAUUCAGAAACCGCAGUUACUUUUGCACCAACCUAAUAGUUUUAGAUCCAGAAGGAAUCUUAGACAUCAUUUUGUGUUUCUCAGAAGGGAGUGCCGUUGGCAUUUUAGGGGGAAUAAUUCUUUGCAUGAGGUUCAACACAGCCCUCCUCCAAGUAUCUAACCAGCUAUUGUGACAAAAAACUAUCCCCUCACAUUUUCAGAUGCCCUGGAGGAAAGGAGAUUACCCUGGAUUGAGAACCACUUACUAAUAUAACUACCUUGUUUUAAAGAAAGGAAAAGCAGAAUUGACAUUUAGCAACUACUCUGUGACAGAUACCAUGCUAGGUGACUCAAAUAACUUAGUGCUUACAUCAGCCCUUUGCUGUAGGUAGUAUCUUCAUUUUACAGAUGAAGACAAUGAGUGUCAUUGCUUAUGUAACUUACCCAAGGUCACACAACAGUCAAGUAUUGAAGCCGGGAUUCAAACAUACAUCUGAAUGAUGCCACACACCCCCACCCCUGACUAUAUCAUACUACUUCAUGUGGACCUGAUCCAGUAUAAUAACUUCUACAUUCCUGUAAUUUCUAUUUUUUCUGCUUUUUGUAUACCUUUAAAGAACAACCAAUCAGAAAAAGAUUUUGGAAAAUCUUUUGAAAAUACGUAGUUUUUAGAUAUAAUGAUUUCGUAAGUUGAAUGUUCUAUUUUAAAUUUUUACUCGAGUAAUCUUCAAAAAUGUCACUGUGAUUGUUCACAGCAUUGUAGAUGUGCUUAAUGCCAUAGACUGUACACUUAAAAAUGGUUAAAAUGAUACAUAUAGCAUUGUGUAUAUUUUACCACAAUAAUUUUUUUGAAUGUCAUUAACCAACCCGGAAACUGAAAAUAUCGAAAAUGAAAAUUCAAAGUUUCAGCUGCCGAGACCAAGAUGGUGGCGAGACUCGGCACCUUCCUCAAGAAUGCCUGGGCCAGGGAGCCAGUGCUUGUCGUGUCCUUCAUCAUCGGGAGCCUAGCUGUAAUUCUGCCCCCACUCAGCCCCUACACCAAGUACUUCAUCAUGAUCAACGAGGCCAUGCCCUACAAGUACCCAGUGCCCGUCUGCAAUGAUGGAAACAUGCCCAACGUGCCCAGCCACCCCCAGGAUCCCCAGAGCCCCAGCUUGGAGUGGCUGAAGAACCUGAGCACCUCCACUGACAGAGGAGGCCCCUCCCAUCGCUCCCAAUACGAAUGUGAAAACCAAAAAGAAAAAAAAAAAAAAAAAUUCAGAGUUUCAGUGAAGCCAUUCUACUUGUGGUGUUUUAUAGUCAUACUUUUAUAG